AUGAAGACCAUCCUCCCCAGCGUUCUCCUGCCGGCACUAGCCAGCGCAGCUGCAUCAAGCGGCGAAUUCACCGCGAUGAGCUUCAACGUCGCUGGUUUGCCAGCAAUCUUCAACGGCAAUGAUGUUAAUGGCUCAAAGACCGAUAAUUCCAAGCAGAUCGGCACCUACUUUGCUAAGUAUGGUUACGAUAUCAUCAAUAUGCAGGAGGAUUUCAACUAUCACGCCUACAUCUAUGAUGCAGACAAUCACCCCUACCGGACCGCUACAUCUGGCGGCGCAGCCAUCGGAAGUGGUCUGAACACUAUCUCCAACCACAACUGGGUCGAUUUCACACGCGUGAAAUGGAACAAAUGCUCUAAUGCAUCCGGCGCCGACUGUUUGACCCCUAAGGGUGCCACAUUCAUGCGUUGGAACCCGGCUGAGGGAGUCUAUAUCGACUUCUACAACGUUCACACCGACGCUGGCACCGAGCCAGAAGAUGAAGUUGCCCGAAACUCCAACUUGCAGCAAGUCGCUGAUUACAUCGACACCUGGUCCGUUGGUAAUGCUGUCGUGAUCAUGGGUGAUACAAACAGUCGGUACACCCGUGCCGAUGACACGGCCCUCCGUGUCCUCAAGUCUCAGAAUGGCCUCUCAGAUGCCUGGGUCGACCUUGCGAAGGGUGGUGUCUAUCCCACUGCUGGAGCAGAGGCUUUGCUAUGCGAAAACCCGUCUACUGUGCAGACCUGCGAGACAGUUGACAAAGUGCUGUACCGUGGGUCUGACCUUGUGGACCUCAAUGCAGAGAGCUUCCUGUAUAACGGUGGAUUGUUCACCAACACUGGUUCCGAUUAUUUCGGCCAAAUUCUAUCGGAUCACAACCCGGUCCUUGUGAACUUCACCUGGUCGCUUUCGCCUACGCUGCGACAAAGUCAGUUCUCCGGUGGCCCCCAUGGACUGUGGUUCAAUGAUCUGCCGAGCGUUCCUGAGUCGCCUGUUGUUUCUGAGAUCACUUUUAGUGGUGCGAACAGACUGGAUGCUGUUGCUUUGAAGCUGAAUGAUGGCACUUCGUUUAGCCAUGGAGGAACUGGUGGCAACAAGGUCUCUCUUACCCUGAACUCCGAAGAGUACUGGACCGAGACGGAGCUCUGCACUGGGAAGUAUAAUAACAACACCCGCAACUUUUAUAUCAAGGCUACUACCAGCACUGGUAGAUCCUUGGAGGCGGGUACCUCAACUACUGACUGUCAGACCUUCACUGCCCCUGAUGGCUUUGCGGUCGUGGGUUUCAUGGGACAAGCCGAGGACGAAGUCGAUCAAUUGGCUUUGGUAUAUGCAGCCUACUAA